CGUAUUUAUUUUACUCAUAGUGCUUACAACAACUUUUCUUUUAUAUAUAGUCAAUGUCCUUUUUCUAACUAUUUCGUGGUUGGAAUCUCCCCCAGAAAAUAUCGCCUGGAUCGUUCACGGAAUACGCAAUAUUCUUGGCUAUGCAACUAUAUUUUUGCCAGUGGUCGAGGUCCAGUUGGAGGAAUAAUAAGGACAUGCUUUGGUGAAGAUGAUUUGCCCCUACUUAACGCCAGCAACCAUACAAGCACACCUCGUACAGCGCUCCAAGAUCUUCUUCUGUUGUGUUUUUAUUUUACUGGGCUUCAAGUAUCCUAUCUCACAUGGGGUGUUUUACAGGAAAAAAUCAUGACCCAGCAGUAUGAAUCGACAAAUGGAAAAAGUAACUUUAAAGAUUCUCAAUUUCUUGUGUUUAUGAAUCGAAUAUUAGCAUUCACAAUGGCAGCAAUUAUAUUAAUGUGUGUUAAACAGCAAAGACAUAAAUGCCCAUUGUACAAAUAUGUUUUCUGUUCCUUUUCAAAUAUUAUGAGUUCAUGGUGCCAGUAUGAAGCUUUGAAGUAUGUUUCGUUUCCUCACCAAGUGUUGGCGAAAGCUAGUAAAACAAUUCCCGUUAUGAUCAUGGGGAAAGUAGUAUCAAAAACCAAAUAUGAAUUUUAUGAAUACAUUACUGCAAUAAUAUUGUCAAUUGGAAUGAUAUUUUUUAUGAUAGAUACAGGCAAUGAUCGAGCCGACUCCACUGUCACCACAGUCAGUGGAGUAAUUCUUUUAUGUUUAUAUAUAGUUUUUGACAGUUUUACUUCCAACUGGCAAGGAAAGUUAUUUAAAGUAUAUGAAAUUAAACCCGUACAAAUGAUGUGCUUCGUUAAUUUUUUUUCCUGUAUAUUCACUAUUGUAUCUCUUGUACAACAAGGUAGCUUUUUAAAUUCUGUAAGUUUUAUGUUUAAUUUUCCUAGUUUUAGCAUAGAUGUUAUACUUCUGUCACUGUGUUCGGCUGGAGGUCAAAUGUUUAUUUUUCAUACAAUAGAAACAUUUGGACCUCUGGUUUUCGUGAUAAUCAGUACAAUUCGACAAGCUUUAUCGAUUUUAUUGAGUUGCAUUAUUUAUCACCAUAGUGUAAACAUUUUAGGAGUUUUGGGACUGUUUCUUGUAUUUUUAAGUAUAACCCUAAGAAUUUAUUGUAGUUAUAGAAUUCGAGCUGUUAAGCAAGGGAGUAAAGUUCUUAUAAAAAGUCAAAUAGGUUGAAACGUUCAGAUAUCUCCAGUAGUUUCUUUACGAAGCUUUAAUGUUAAAUUAUAAGCAGCUUUGAGAUUGAAUAUUCAGAAAAUUUCCCAAAAUGAUGUCUUAAAUGUUAUUGACUAAUCUUAAUAAACAACUUCCAGGUUAGUAUUGCUGUCUUAUGUGUUUACAAUAAAUUAUAAUUUUUUAAAAUUGU